AUGCACAGAUGUGAGGCCAAGUGCUACGGUCUGACGCAAGCAGCACAAGGCGUUGUGCUGAGCCAGUAUGUGGAGUGGACCCCUGGUGAACAGUUUCCCAUCUGCGUACACCGACAGCACAGGCAGGACUCUUAUCAGGUGGCGGUGGGCAUGUUGCCCCCGGAGAAGUGCCAGGCAAUAUAUCACCCUGCUGCCUGGAGCGACUCGUCUCAAGUGAGCAGCCCAGACAGAGAGGGAACCUUUACAAUUGUGGACUCUGGUCACGGAGAUUCUAUGUCUGGAUCUACAGUUGAGGUUCCUCCGACUCCACGCAACCACAACCCAUCUACCUUACUCCCCAUGCACCUCUAUCAGCUUCCCCAGCCACUGCGAGUGGCUUUCACUGCCUCUCGCACCGCCAACUUUGCCCCCGGCAACCUUGACCAGCCAAUUGUGUUUGACCAGCUCCACAGCAACCUCGGGGAGAUGUAUGACACCCACAUUGGCUGUUUCACCUGUCCGGUGAACGGAACCUAUGUCUUCAUGUUCCACAUUUUGAAGCUUGCUGUUAACAUUCCCCUUUACGUUAACCUCAUGUGCAACGAGGAGGUCAUGGUAUCUGCAUAUGCCAAUGAUGGAGCCCCAGAUCAUGAGACCGCCAGCAACCAUGCAAUCUUGCCCCUGUUCCAGGGAGACCAGGUGUGGCUCAGGUUGCAUCGUGGUGCCAUCUAUGGUAGCACCUGGAAGUACAGCACCUUCUCAGGCUUUCUUCUGUACCAGGACUGAUCUGCUGAAAGUCCCAACAGUAGUGGCUUUUUUGGUGGUGGAUGUGAUGUUGUACACUUAAGACCAAAUUGUAUCACUAAGAUUUU